AUGCGGAGGAGGGAGCCGACCUGGGGCCCCAGCCUGGGCCCCCCUGUGUCUGCAAUUCCUCGGGGGCGGCGGCGACAGAAGCGCACGAAGUACAGUGCGGAACAGCAGCAGGAGCUGGAGCAAUUCUUCGAGAGGAACCAGUACCCGACGUACCAGGAGCGCGAGACCCUGGCGGCUAGACUUAACCUUCAGGAGCACCAAGUGCAGGUGUGGUUCAAGAACCGGCGGGCCAAACACUCCAGGCUGCUGGGAGUCUCCAGGUGUCAAGGCCCCGAAGCCCGCGCUGCGCCCCAGGGCCCCAGAGCCCGCGCCCCUGCGCCUGCCCCAGUCAGCCCUGUGUUCCCCGGGGGCCCUGUGUUCCCCGGGGGCCCGGUGUUCCCCGAGGGCCCAGGUUUCUGCAACCCCCCUCCGCCCAGCCCCUUCGGAGUCUUCCCCGCAGCAGAACCCAACGUCUUCAGCCACAGCCAGGCCUGGUGGGACCCUGCGCAGGGCGCCCAGAAGAUGGUCCCGGAUGCUCCAGCUCCAGCGCCAGCCCCAGCCCCAGCGCCAGCCCCGGCUUCAGUCUGGCCUCAGGGCCCCUACGCCUCGGAUUUCUCGCUCGACCCUGUUAUGAUCCACGGUUUCACAGAGCUGCCCUCACUCCAAGACCUUUUGGAGGGACCCUCGUCCUCCUCCACGUCUGGGUACCAAGAGGGAGAUGACAACGAAUGGGACCCCAGGACAUUACUGGACUUAUAA